UACAUGAAGCUCAAGAUCUGAACCUGCUAUGACUGACCCAGACGUCCUCACUGAGGUCCCAGCAGCUCUCAAACGCCUUGCCAAAUACGUGGUGCGUGGCUUUUAUGGCAUUGAACAUGCUUUGGCUCUGGACAUUCUCAUCAGGAACCCCUGCGUGAAGGAAGAGGACAUGUUAGAGCUCCUGAAGUUUGAUAGGAAGCAGUUGCGCGCAGUCCUCAACACCCUCAAGGGUGACAAGUUCAUCAAAUGCAGGAUGAGGGUCGAGACGGCUCCAGAUGGCAAAACCACCCGUCACAACUACUACUUCAUCAACUACCGCCUUCUGGUUAACGUGGUGAAGUACAAGCUGGACCACAUGAGGAGGAGGAUCGAGACUGACGAAAGAGACUCCACCAACCGCGCCUCCUUUAAGUGCCCCAUUUGCUUCAGCACUUUCACAGACUUGGAGGCCAACCAGCUGUUUGACCCCAGGACAGGUGAAUUCUCCCUGCCCGCGUGGGCGGUGAGUUCCCAGAGCAAAGAACUGGCUGUCAAGGAGGUGCAGAAGACAAUAGUGCUGGGAUUUGACUUUGACAGCAAGGCCUGUGCUGCAGGAGCUGAUGAAGUCAACCAAGGCUACACGAAGGAAGGCCCCGAAACUGGUGCAAAAUUGGAAGACAAGGUAGCUGUGUCCAUCAGCAGAAGCUGCAACCGUCAAUAUAAGAAAAGGAACGGCCCGUCUGGAG